CUAGGUGAGGCUGGGAGGGGCGGGCAGUGGGCUGUGUCUGUCUGUGCUGUGUGAGGCUGACUGGGUGGUGGGCUUGGCUGUGGGGCUGACUGGGUGUGCUUGCAAACUCUCCUCCACCGAAACUGAAGGAAGGCAAGGCAAGACAAGGCACGGGAAGGCAGGGAGGCAGAGUAUGACCUAGGAUGAGUGGCACGGGGCUGAUAGCAGGGUCAAAUGGUGGGUCAGGAGGGUCAGGUCACCGUUUCCACUUCCCCGGCAUCUGUCAUGGGUGUAACUUUCCCAACCUGUGUGCAGCCCCUCUCUUCCGCUGCAGUCAGUGCCACCUUGCCAUGUACUGCCACAGAGGAUGCCAGGCAAGAGAUUGGCCCUACCACAAGCCGUUCUGUGAGCUGUACAAGGUGGAGGGGGGUGGCGGGGCGCUGCGGAUGGCGCUGGUGGCGACGGCGGAUGUCAGAGAUGAUGAGCGGCUGCAGCAGCAGCGGGCGUUCCUGGCGGGGCUGCGCGUGACGUCCAGCCUGGCGCUGGGGCGGCGGCUGCACCGCUGGGAGGAGGAGGCGCUGCUGUUCCCGCGGCUGUGUGAGGUGUGCGGCAUGACAGGGCCACUGGGGCCGGGGUCUGGCUGCUGCCCGGAGUGCUGCGGGGUGUACUACUGCUGCCACGAGCACUUCCUGCAGGACAAGGAGCAGCACCGGCUGUGGUGUGACCUGUACAAGCUGUGCUGCUGCUGUAACCAGCAGGCCAAGAACAGCGAGGCCAUCACGCUGCCCAUUGCCCUGGACACGGUGUACCGGCCCCUGGCGCCCACCAUGGAGGAGCACGUCCUCUCCAUGGCCAGCAGGCUGCGGCCCGUGGGUGUGGCCGGGGUCUCCGAGAGCCUCACCUUCCCCCUCACGGCCCUGUACGUCCUGCAGGAGGUGUGGGAGGGCCUGGCCACGGCGACCACCCUCACCCUGCAUGUGGUGGGGGCGGAGGACGGGCGGGAGCCCCGGGUGGCGUCGCCGUGGGAGUACCUGCUGCACCGCCUGCCAGCACUGGAGCGCCUGCAUGUGCUGCUGGUGGGGCCGGGGAUGGGGGGCCUGCAGGGCGGCAAGAAGGCCAAGCUGUGCCAGCAGUGCCGCAGCAAGGGCCGCCGCCUGGUGGUGGAGUGCCGGCGUGCCUUCUACCACCACCUGCCCCCAGCCACCGCUGCCCCCUCUCCCCCCACCCUGCGCCUGGCCUUCAACUGUGGCUUCCAUGAGUGGGAGGGGGACGAGGGGGACACCUGGCCUGACUCCCUGCCCCUCUUGGUGGGGGACACCGCCCCCCUCGCGUUCACCUCCUUCAACCAGGCCGAGGCACAGCAGGACCUGGCCACCCUCAGGAGGGCCACGUCGGGGGUGCGGGUGGCCCUGUCCCGGCCCAACCCCUACCGCAGCACACGCCCCCUGCGGGAUUGGACCAGAGAGGACGGCUCCCACAUGUACUACACCAACCAGUACCUCACCGUGCUGCACCCCACCCUGCCAACACCACCACCACCACCACCACCACCACCACCAGCCCACCACCACCACCACCACCAAGAACAGCAGGCAGGGGAUGACACACAGGCACAGGCAGGGGAGGCAGGGACAGAACAGGCAGGGGAGGCAGGGAAUGACACACAGGUACAGGCAGGGGAGGCAGGGAAUGACACACAGGCACAGGCAGUGGAGGCAGGGGAUGACACACAGGCACAGGCAAGGGAGGCAGGGGAUGCAGGGACAGAACAGGCAGGGGAGGCAGGGAAUGACACACUGGCAGGGGAAGAACAGGCAGGGGAGGCAGAGAAGCAGGGUAAAGCAGAGGAAGCAGGGGAGGAUGAGAGGAAGGGUGAGGCAGGGGAGCAUUAUACCCUGCCAGACACCACCUAACACAUCACCACUACAGUACAAAUUCGAACCCUGCCACAGAGAGAGAGAGAGAGAGAGAGAGAGAGACCAACAUAUCUCACAAUUCCAAAUCUUUUUCUCUCUCUCUCUCUCUCUCUCUCUCUCAUUUUGAUAAUUUUAUCUUGGACAUUCUAAAACUCACUAUUAACUUAAGUUUUCUGGAGUUUUAAGUAAGACUGACACUGUGAAUCCCUUUAAUGCAGAAAUCUUGUCAGUCUGCCUCUAGAACUGUAAAAACACUCAUGAAAAUGCUUUGUUCUCUCCAAGACCUGUUUUCCAAGGCCACAGAGGUGACUGGCGGGAUUUUCAAGAGUGUUUCUCCAGUUAAUAAUGCAGAAAUGUUGUCACUCUGCCUCUAGAACCACAAA